AUGGGUCGUUCGCGAGUGCUUUCCCUGAUGUCAGUGUUUGGGGGCUCGUCCCGUAAAGACAACCUCGGACAGCACCAUCGAACAUCGUCGGCCUCCCUCACACUAAACAAUCCUCCGAAAAGAGUAGAUACGCCCUCUUCCGACACCCCUUCGCCUCUCGAUGCUUCGCCGAUAAGUGGGACACCAAACACCGAACGACGAGUCCUGUCGCGGCCGGAGUCGGCAUUGUUUUCUCAUAAUCCUCCGUUACUGGAGCUUUCGCAAGAUACACUUCCAGAGCUCCAGCCAAUCUUCGGAUAUCUAAACACCCAUGCCAACAAGUUAUACCACGAAGGAUAUUUCCUGAAAUUGAAUGAUUUGGAUAUUCAUGGUCGGCCCUGUUCUGAUCGACAAUGGGUGGAAUGCUAUGCGCAACUUGUCGGGACUGCUCUUUCUCUAUGGGAUGCCACAGCGCUGGACGCAGCAGAAGAGGGAGAAGAUGUCAACCCUACUUUCAUCAAUCUGGCAGACGCUUCAAUAAAAAUGCUUGAGACGCUCCCUACAAGAAACCAAGAAACUGAGUCUCUGAAGAACAUUUUGAGUAUAUGUUCCGCAGGUCAAAAUCGGUAUCUUUUGCAUUUCAAUUCCUUCCAUUCUUUGACACAGUGGACAGCAGCUAUACGACUGGCUUUGUUCGAACACACGUCACUAUAUGAGGCAUAUACAGGCUCGAUCAUUGCGGGGAAAGGCAAAGGUCUCAACAGUAUCCGAUCCAUCUUGGAACGUCACCGUCACAAACACGAGGAUUGGGCUCGCGUGCGAUUUGGAGCAGGCACCCCCUGGAGACGGUGCUGGUUUGUUAUCACCCCGCCCAAUGAGAAGGAGUUCUUGAAGGCGCAAAAGUCGCUUAAGAAAAAGUCGGCCUAUGAUCGUGCACCCAGACUGAUCACAGGUGAUAUCAAGUUUUACGAUACGAAGAAAACCAAAAAAGCAAGGCCUAUUGCGACUAUCACCGAUGCAUAUGCUGCUUACGCUAUAUACCCUCAGUCGAAAGCCUUGAUCGAUCAGUCGACCUUGGUCAAAAUUGAAGGGAAGAUUACGAUUCACUCACAACCAGAGUCGACCACAGAUGGGUUUGUGUUUGUCAUGCCCGAAGUCCAUCCUGCCGUCACUGGUUUUGAAAUGAUGCUCCGAUUCCUCGUACCUACGUUUGACACAUUCAACCUUUACGGGCGACCAACCCGCCUCAUUGCCGCUACCAACCACAUCAAGAGCAUCAUGUUUGCCUUCCCCAAUCAACGGCGCUAUGGCUAUCUUGAUAUAUUGGAUAUCGCCGGUCUGAUGCAGACACCGGGCAGUCAGGAUUGGAGCGAGGCAGAAUGGCGAAAGCAACUCAAGGAGGCAACAGCACGCCGCAUGGCGGCUUCUGGAAGCAGAACUAGCAGCAUCUCCGUCAGUAAGCCACGCUUCCGAGCCUCUACCAUCUCAAACAUGCAAGGCAGUGGACGUACCGGGCCACAACAGCGCAACUACACAUCUCCGGAAACUCGGCUGGAUCUCAACCAGUCUAGUGACGCUGUUUUGCGAGAGGCGCCCAGUGAUGCUUCUAUAUCUCCAAUCCAUCAUGCUCGGGGCUCUUCGGACACUGCUGCAUUUGCCUCCAUCAGAAGACAGGCUCAAGUUUCACCCGCCGAAAUCUCUCCACCAUCCUCUAUUCAUGAACUGGUACCACACAGAAAUGGACGUCCUAGCAUUGGUGGGGUGGACGACUACGGCAGCACUGAAAGCGACAGGAAACAGCAGGCAGACUCUGACGAUGAGGUGCUUGGGCAUCGCUUCCGCGCUCCAUCCCCAUCCCCUGUAGUCCAGCCCCCAGCCUUCACACAUGGUCCGGGAGAAAUGCCUGCCACUCGGCCCCAGCCCUCGCCGGACUUGAGAAAGGCCAACAAUAGGAUGUCUGACACCACGCUUACGCAGCUUCUCGCUGCUUCUGGAAGCAUGAACCUACUCGGCGCGUCUUUUCCCUCGGGUAGCCACGAAACGAUCAGAGAUUCUAGCGAGCCCAGUCCUUUCACACCAAAUACUGGCUCCGAUCAGUUGGGUGCACCAUCACUUCUAUCGGAUACGAGUGACAAGAGAGCUGCCCUUCAGGAACAAGACCCACCGACACCUGAGGAUCGUUCGAGUGAUUUCGGCUCGCCACUGAUUAUACCGAAGAGGCAAAGCCUUUAUUUAGAUACCACAAUGGCAGUGAAGCGGAAGCCCGUGCCAGCGCAACAAUUGCAAGAAUCCGACACUUCGAGUGUUGCAGGGGAGCCUAGUUACGAUGACCUGCGUCAUACUGUUGAUGAAGAGGUUCUGAACUGGGUCGGCUCCCGCCAGUUUUCGUUCACUUCCCCCGAUAAAGAGAGCCAUCAGGAUGAGGAGAGCGUCUAUGAUGGUGCGUCUGCAGCUUCUCCUGAUUAUGCCAGUACCCGAGGAUCCGUCUACAGCAAACGCUCUGUUAAAUCAAUUCCUCGGCCCAGAAUGGGGGUCUUGAAGACAGUGGGAUCAGGGCCCCCAAAGCAAGACUUAGUCAUCGGCGAUGCUCAUUACACCGUUGACCAAACGCAACUAGAGUUUAGUUCUGAAAUUCCGAGUAUCGACUUCGGGCCGACCCUUACAAUUCUACCUACAACUGGACGUCCCAACACCGGGGACACUUUGAAGAAAUCGGCGCAUCAGAGAAGCGACUCGAAUGCAACAGAAAGACAAGGCUCACACGAGCCAGAACGUCGGCACUCCAGAUCUCCAAGUAACAAUAUGAUGUGGCAGCCGGGUAUGGCUGCUCCGCGCCCGUCCACUCCAGGCAAGCUCACAGCGGAGCAGUUUGUGCAACAACGGUCAGGCCACAGUCCACCAAAUCACGCCCACCACCGAACUCUUUCUUCAUCCCCACCACCUCUCCGACCUGUCUCCGGUGACUGGGCAAACAAUUUCCGGCCGCAGUCGCACUUGUCUGGCAGUCGCGAUGUGCCGCUUCGCCCUCACUCCCGUGGUGCCAACAGCGUCUUGAACUACAAUGAACUUUCAUCGCAUCUUUCUGCCCGUGAACAGGAACAUGUUUCUCGGAUGACUGGUGCACCUCUUCUCGACAUCUCUGGCCUCCAUAAGACCCAGCCGUCGCCAGUAAACCCAAUGGGUCUGGUUGGCGCGAUCGAUGCUCGCGAGCGCGAGAAGAAGAGCAUCCGAGAAGGAGUUUCCAACCAAAUGGUACAACAUGCAAUUGCGCAACGCCAGCAGCACCUGCAACAACAGCAAGGGGCUCCAAACAACUCAACGCCCACACACAACCAGGGCAAUAAUUACAGUGUUUAUAACAUGCCCACCGCGAGCCGCACCUGGGAUGCUCUCAAUCAGGCUUACCAGCCGGAAGAGCCCCGGCGCCAGUCUUGGUACGGGCAGUUCGCGUCGCAACCGGUGCAGACGCCCCCGGCCUACCAGCAAAACCAGUCUUUUGGCCAGCAUCCUGGCUAUGUUAGUAAUGCGAACACUAUGCAUUACUGAGUAUGCUCCUCUCGCGCCCCUCUCUUAUUCGAUCUCCUUAUUGUCUAUCCCAUCCGAUCAACUUGCUUUUCUUUGCGUGAAUCAUGAUCUAGUCCCUUCUUUGCUCGAUUUUUCUAGCAUUAGCCUGUGAGCUUGUCGUGCAUCUUAGAGCUAGACUUCCAAAGCCUAGAAAGUCACCUGCUACGUUUCUUGGACUUGGGGGUCUUGCAGCGGUUAUUUCGUUGGGUCUAUGGAGUAUGGUUGGAAACCUUCCUUAUGUUGCAAGCAUAGCAUUGGUAGCCGUUCGUCCUUCUCACGAGUAUUUCUUCUCAUUCCAAAUCUUCUCCAAUUUAUCAAAUUAGUAGUAUGCAUACACAAAUUCUGCUAAUAAACGAAAAGCAACUGUCCAU